AUGAACUAUUUUGUCCUCUCUGCAGCGAAUCCAGCCGCCAUUCAUCUUCUAUCGGAAAUCCAGUCCAAAUCAUCACCACCGACCCUGCAAAGCGGUGAGGAGACAAUUGGCUAUCGCAUAUCCAUCCCUUCUCACAGCUCGCACCAGGACGAAGUUUGCUUCAAAUGGAGGAUUGGUGCCGGCCCGUCGCCAGCCAUCGCCAAGAUGGGAGAUAUUUUUGUCCCCGAGAUUCUUCUCUGCCCGCAAGACGCAUCGCAAACGCCCAGCUCCAAAGCUGUCCGUGCGUACAUCAAGCACAUUUAUGCCGUUAUUUUUCUUCACCCGCAGUCAGGAGCCCUGGUCCUCAGAUCACGGUCUACCAAACCCAUCAUCUACGAGCAAGGUGACAUGAACGAUCAGGAUGUGGAAAUAUGUGGGGGGCCAGACAGCAAGGCCAAGUCUUGCGUUCUGCGGCGAAGAAAAAACUACCUUCAAUUUGGUCCAUAUCGCUUCCUUCUCGAAUACACCGUCAGCCAUCAAGAUCGAGGCAGAUUCAGCAAAACAAUCGACCGAUCUCUUCAUCACCGCCACCAUAAGCUCUUCAGCUUCAUUCCUAGCACAGAUCCGGAAACACUCUGGAACGUAUGGCUGCAUCGUAAAAUACCAAAUUCAUCAUCACUGCAGUCUGGAGUUCACAUUUACACGGGGCAGCCAGUCGCAGUAAAGACACUGCACAAUAAAAUCCGAGGCAGAAGAUACAUGAUUGAUCAGAUUAAGCUUGCUUCUCGGUACAGGGACAAACCAGAUAACGGUAUCCUUGGCAUAAUCGACGUUUGGUGCGAGCACUGGAUAUCUCCUCCAUGCGUGUUGAAGCCGAGUAGUGCAGUCACCCAUUGCCGAAAUACAUAUUUUUCCAUGCCUCUAGCUGAGCAAAAUUUUCUCCACAAGCGUUGGAGAAAGCUAGAUACUAACACUCAUCUCAAGUAUUUAUACCAUACUUUGUGCGGAUUGGCCGAGCUCCAUGGCAGAGGAAUUGUUCACGGAAAUAUUCAGCCGCAAGCGUUACUGGUAUGUGAGCAACGGGCUUUUAUAUCUCUAUCCAUGCAACGGUCAGAGACAUACGACGCAAGCAUUUGGGUUGCACCAGAGGUCUGGUUAGACAAGUACCGGGAAUUAGAUGAAACAAAACUUGACAUCUGGGGACUUGCUAUUUCAUGGCUCUUUACCUGUUUAAGACCACCGCCCGACCUUGCGGUCUCACGACACUCCUAUAAACAUCUCCAGACGACUUUAAAGUCUCGCAAGGACAAGGGCCGUAUACCAGAGCCGCUAUAUGACCUUUUACAGGAAAUGCUGGCCUGGGAUCCUUGCAAUCGCCCAAGUGCGAUAGAAGCUCUUAACCACAAGGCAUGGCUGCCAGUCUUACCACGUAUAGCUCGGAGAGCAAAAGGAUCCAGAACACGAAAGGCACUGCAGGCAGUGCAAUAA